CUGUGAAUGGCAGCACAGCUGAAAUUUGUUGAUUAGAGCGCUUGCAAAAUUGUUUGUUUUGCUAAUGGCCACCGCAACGCAAAACAUAACGCCAAGCAAUGCCAGCAUAAUUGCUAACAAUGAGUUGAUCUCUUCGACAAUGGUGGCCGGGCUCAAAAAUCUAAGCACAACGCUCAGCACAGGGAUAAGUAAAAUACUUAUUGCAAAUUCACUGAAGCUAACGCUAUAUCCCGAUGCAACCAUAGCACGUGUGCCAGAAAUAUAUGCCACACAUGCAGCCAGCGCUAAGCAGAGCGAAUAUGCUGUCGUCGCACUCUACGCCGUGGCCACCAAACAUGGUUGGGAUGGUGUGACGAUGCGCCAGCAAUUGGAAUCGCUGGGCCUGCAUGGAGCGGCAAUAGAUGAGCUGACACGCGUGUAUGAGGACAAUCACAAGGAUCUAGUGAUGCGACAACUGCAAUUGGGACACAGUUUUCCGCAUAUUACCGACGUGCAAUGGCGCAUUGUGUGCGACGCCAAAUCGUCGACAGCUGAUUGUAGCAGCGGUGAACCGCAUUUUAUCAUUAACCUAGGACAACAGCGUUCGAGCAGCGGCGAGCGUCAAACUAUUGUGGAAUUUAUUUGCAAUGCUGAGGAGCUGCACUCGCUGAUCAAUCGUUUGAAGGACAUUGAAAGGCAUUGCAGACAGGUGGCCAGCAUUUAGCUUAAUUACUCUCAAUUAAUAAGC